CCGUUUUCUGACAUCUUUCUUUGUGCAAUUUCUGUCGGGUCGCUCAUGAAAUAUCCCGUUAUUUCGCUUUCGUAAUUCAUUUAACAAAGGCAUUAUCUAUUUGUGACGGUCUGUUGCAGUUAGUGGAGUUACAUCGAAAAAUCUGCAAAAGCCAUAGGUUCAGUGACACUGUGCCACGAUACCAUUUAUUUUGAUAGUUGUAUAUUAUCGAUUUUAGACUUUGUGCACAAGAUUAUUAUAAAUGAAACGAAUUCAGUAGUGUGAUCGAGUGAUUGAUAAACAAGCAGCAAGAUUUUCGUGUCACAGUCCAACCCAAGAGUGAGCCGUGUCUUGGGGCAAAAGCACCCCGGGCACUACGGUGGCCCCAGAUACACCGGCACCAGCGCCCCAGCCUCCGGGGGUGCUGGAGAUGACGGGGACGGACAACAUACGCUUCAGCGGGCACACGCUAGACAAAGCCACCAAGGCGAAGGUCACGCUAGAGAACUUCUACACAAAUCUCAUUACCCAGCAUUAUGAGAGGAAGCAGAGAUUGGAGAAACUGGAAGAGACGCUUAAAGACGAGAGCCUGACUGAAAGCCAGAAGCAGGAGAAGCGACAACAGCAUGCGCAGAAGGAGACCGAGUUUCUCAGGCUCAAGAGGUCCAGGCUUGGAGUAGAGGACUUCGAACCACUCAAGGUGAUAGGAAGAGGAGCAUUCGGCGAGGUUCGGUUGGUUCAGAAGAAAGACACCGGUCACGUAUACGCUAUGAAAAUACUCAGGAAAGCAGAUAUGCUGGAGAAAGAACAGGUGGCCCACGUGCGAGCAGAACGCGACAUCCUCGUAGAAGCUGACCACCAAUGGGUCGUCAAGAUGUACUACAGUUUCCAGGAUCCCAUGAACCUGUACCUCAUCAUGGAAUUCCUCCCUGGAGGCGACAUGAUGACCCUUCUAAUGAAGAAGGAUACGCUAAGUGAGGAAUGCGCGCAGUUCUACGUGGCUGAGACGGCCCUUGCUAUCGAUAGUAUUCACAAGCUUGGCUUUAUACAUAGGGAUAUAAAGCCAGACAACUUGCUGCUCGACGCUCGCGGCCACAUCAAGUUGAGUGAUUUCGGUCUUUGCACUGGUCUGAAGAAGAGCCACCGCACUGACUUCUACCGGGAUCUGUCACGCGCAACGCCUUCCGAUUUUAUGUGUUCGAUAGUAUCCACUUCAUCGUCGGCCAUGGACUCUAAGCGGCGCGCCGAAUCCUGGAAGCGCAACAGGCGGGCGCUGGCUUACUCCACGGUGGGCACCCCGGACUACAUCGCACCGGAGGUGUUCCUGCAGACGGGGUACGGGCCGCAGGCGGACUGGUGGAGUCUCGGAGUCAUCAUGUAUGAGAUGCUGAUUGGCUACCCGCCGUUCUGCUCGGAGUCGCCGCAAGAGACGUACCGCAAGGUGAUGUCGUGGCGGGAGUCGCUGACCUUCCCCCCGGAGAUACCCAUCAGCGAGGAAGCCAGGGAGACCAUACUGUGCUUCUGCUCAGAACCGGACCGCAGAUUGGGAUCCCAGCGUGGCAUCGAAGACGUGAAAUCGGUGCCUUUCUUCCGCGGCGUGGACUGGAACCACGUGCGCGAGCGCCCCGCCGCCAUCUCCGUCGAAGUGCGCUCCAUAGACGACACGUCCAACUUCGACGACUUCCCCGACGUCAAGCUAGAGAUACCCGCAGCACCCAUCUCGCAAGAAGGUGAAGUGGCGUACAAAGACUGGGUGUUCAUUAACUACACAUUCAAGAGGUUCGAGGGCCUCACGCAGCGCGGCACUCCGACGAAGAAGUGAGAAUAUAAACGACGCCGGGACCAUCAGUAAGGACGGCGCGCAAAUCAACAUGACUGUGACAAACAAAUGGCAGAAGAUCUCUCUUGUGGGUUUUGUGUCCACUGAACAAAUCGAUGGUUAUUAUGUAUUACUUUCCGUUGAAAUGCAUCAAUGUAUUGCGAACGGCGCGGCCGAACGGUAGUGAAUUUCUGGCGGUCAGUGUUGGCGUAUGAUUGGGUUAAACGCUACUUCAUUCUUUAUUUAGUUCAGUAAAUUGCAUCCCGAGAAUGUAAAUUUUAUCGACCGAUCAAAUAUCGUUUGGCAGAAUUGAUGUCUGUGAUUGGUUGAGCUAUACAGAAUCGCGCAGCAUUGCUUAUUAAAUACUUGUUUUUAAUAGAAAAUGGUACAAGUUUUAAUACUUCACAAUCAAUGUUCUUAUCAUAGUCAAAAAAGAUGAAAUUGCACAUAGUUAAAAUUUACAUCUCUCUACACUUCUUAUAUUUAAAUUGUUUUAUUUCAAUUAUAAUUUGGCCAAUGGGCUGAUUUUUUAAUCAAGAGUAAAUAGUUUAGAUGAAACAUGGAAUAAUUCAUGUAUAUAUAGGCAGGCAUGCUUGAAAACGCAAAUACUAGAACAUAUUUCUAAUUACAUGCGCAGAACAGAACCUUUCUCGGAAACUUAUUUGAGAGAGUUGUCCGUAACCGUACAACAAGUGUAGGAAAUGUUUUUAACUUUAAUUACUUGGAAGAACUUCCACAGGAGAAGAUAUCAGUGGAUAAUGGUAUCUCCAAACUAAUACGCACCUAUUUUACUUACGCCUCUUAGAUGCUAUAGAUGUAAGUUGUUCAAUGUUUUACAAUAGUAUAUUGGAGAGUAUGAGAAGCUGCACUUUUGAUAUCUAUCUAGUUGGACUACUAAAGGUAGGUUUUGAAUCACACUGGUGUGAGGUUGUCUUGAUUGUCAUGAUAGAAGAAGAUCAUAUGCGCCACUACUCAUUCCCUGAUUAUGUUAACUUCCUCUCAAAUAUUUGCCAAAAGGGCAGGUGUAUCUUGAAAUAUUGUUUUAGUAAUUUUAUGAAUGGUAGAUAGUCUAUGUUCAGCAAUCUUUAUUUUAUUUUAUAUUUUUCUAUUUCAUUAUGAAAUAAAUAGAUUUAGACUCAGUAGAAAAUUUAAAAAAAAGUUGUGAUUACAAUGUAAUUUGAGUUUUUACGUUAUUAUUUACUAGCAUAAAAAUCGAUAUUGAAACCGUUUUCGUAAAUAAGUCUAGACAUAAUUGCACUUAACCUGAAAUUAUUAAGGGAUCGGGUUUGCAAGUUUCUUUAGGCAUUAGGUACAUUGCUUUUCGUUGAGGUUCGGUAUGCUGCCGCCAUGGAGGUGACACAUCCAAUUGGUUUGAUAGUGUCCAUGUUCAAUGAGGUUCCGUUUCGCCCAAUCACCGCUGACGCUCGCGCCCGGUUACAAACCAUCGCACUGUGACAAUUCUUUAGUUAAUAUUAGUUAUAGCAUAUUGCAUUGAUUUAGCUGUUCUAUUAUUAUGUAUUAUUUUUUUGAGUAGGCUAUUAUUUUGACAAUGAAAUUGUGCUUGAGUUACAUGAAUUUGCGAUGAUCUUGUGGAUAUGUUAAGGUGGGAACAGACAAGCGAUGUGCGCGGUUUUAGAAAUUCUAAAACGGCAAUAGUGAAUAAAUUUAAUAGUAUUUUUGAUACAUAUAUCACGAUCGAAACGAGAGAUACAUUGCUCGUUAUCGCACGAUAGACAAUUUGAACGAUGUCAAGCGAAAAUAACUCAUAUUCUCUAGUUUUGUAUGAGUGAGUAACAUUCAAAAUAGAUGUUCUAGAAUUAUGCUUAUUAUUGAAAUUAACGCUUGCUUUGUCCCACCUAUAGUUUAAAAUGAUUUCCCUGGUGUUUCAAUCGUACCUUACACUGCGUAAGUUAUUUUUGCUCGGUGAUACGCUUACGCAUCUAGAAUAUCACUAAUGCAAAUGAAAUGUUGAAAUCUAACUUAAUCUUUCAAAGGGCAUUGUAUUUUUGAAUACAUCGAGGGAGUACUUAUGGCGGAUUUGUCUGUAUAUAAACGAGAAUAAAAAUAUAUUAAAGGAUAAUUUGUGAAAACAUCUUGGGCUCUUUUGUAUGAAUCUUAGGCUAACCUUCCAACAAACAUGACUUUUCUUCAAGUUAAGGUAUUUUAUUUUGUUUGAAAUUUCUGAUUGUAUAAUAUGGAAGUAAAGUUUUAUGGCGCGUAACUGCUUUUACAAUGAAUUUCAUUAUUAACACAACAUGCAAUUGAUCCAAUUCUAAUUUGACAUAACCUCAUCAUUUAUAGGCUUAAGAAUACAAUAACAUAGGGAAAAAAGUACAUAAGACUUCCCUGAUCGCAGUCCUAGUAGUCUCAUGUCGCAUAUAUCAGAAAUGCUUGUUUUAGUCACAACAUAUAUCGGUCGUUAUGAUUUAUAACAAAAGAAAUGACAUAUUUCUCUGUACAUACUUAUAUUAUUACGUAUCUGUGUAACUCGUUCGUUCAAUUUGACCGCAAUAGUAUUCCGUCCAAAUUAUGUUACUAUCGUAUAGAUUCGUUUUCAUAUUAAACCAAUGUCUAAUUCCAAAUAUAUAAAUGAAAUUUAUUUACAACUGCUACAAGUGUUCUCGUGGUUUACUGAGUGAAUGAAGUUUUUAUGGACUGUAUUGAUAUGUGUUUUUAAUGUUAUAUCGAUAGACAAGCAUUUCUGAUUUAUAUUCUUCAAUUCCCAUACUCCGUUCUAAUGUUUUUCAGUAAAUGUGAACUUUCAGUAAGUUGAUUUCGUCAACUUAUAAUAAUAUUUCAUAAAUUAUAUCCGAAAUCCAACAAAGUAUUUUUCAUAUUAUAUACUCAAGUGUUACUGUUUUUUGGUGUCAAUGAGGAUGGUCAAUUUCUUCUCCUGAAAUAUGGCAUCGUACAUUAUUUUCUUUCUUUUCAUUUAUCAUAUUCCAAAAUAAUAUUAAACGAUGCUAUAUUACUACUAUUUGACGUCAUAUUCUAUUUUUAUAUUUCGAAAAUAAAGUAUCAUCGCUCAAAAUUAAGUAUAUGGUUUGACCACAGAGUUGCAUCAAAUUUCAGUGCUUCAAAUGUUUGACUCAUUGGACGCUAUUUGCAAUGACACGACAGCAUAGACAAUGCCUAUACAGAAAUUUAGAAAAAAAAAAUGCUGGCUUUUAUUUAAGUUCAAGAAAUGUCAGUAGGUACAACAAAAUUUUAUAAACACAUACCAAAUAAACGAUAUUUGUAUUGUAUUGUUAUAUGAAAACAUUAUGUUAUUAGAACCAUUAAUUGCGACAUCAUAAUCAUCAGUACUUUAGAAUUCUUUAGUCUUAUAUCUGAUUGUACGAUGUUAAAUGUGUUUUAAUAGGGAAGGCAAAUUUAGGAUUAAUUACUUGGAAUUGUCUAUGCUUCUCGCUGCAUAUUCACCUCAUAUCAAUAUGACGUAUAUUUAAUGCCAGGAGGUUCUUAUAAGUAAAUAUUUGCUUGCCCUAAUUGCUUUUAGGACCGACACAGGACAAAAAAGUAAACGAGUUAUCUGAAAUAAGCUUGUAUUCAGUGUUAAACGCGUUAUUUAAAGUCCCAAAAUUUUGUUUGUUAUUUUCUUUUUUCUAGGUGUUAUAAUGAUUUUAAAAAAAUAUCUUAAGUUAUUCAUAUAAGUAUCAAUAAAAAACACGAAAGUAACUACUCACCUAACGUAUUCAUAAUUAUUUCAUAAAUAUAUGCUUAAUUUGUGCCCAUGAAGUCCGUGUCAAGUCCCUGUCUAUCCCUAACGGUAGUUCUUGCCGGUAGUUUAAGUACAAAGAUAUUUGUAGUGUAGAACGGUGGUGGUCCCUGAUUUUUGUGUAGGCGUCGACAUUGAACUCUUAUUCGUUUCCAUACGGUCUCAAUUCUAUUGUACGUAAUCAUAAAGAAUAUAAGCUACACUGCAGUUAGAGCUAUGAAAAAGUCCUAGUAAUAUUUUUGCACUAAUGAAUAUGUUUUCGCACGGCGCAUAUGCACGCCGUAGAUUUGAUUCAAAGAAAUGAUUUGCUUUGCUUAUAUUGUGUUGUUGAAUUAAAAAAAAACAGUGGGGCUAGGUUACAGUACUUCCCUGCAAAAUGUGGCUAUUGAUAGUCGAACAUGCUACCGAAAGUAAUGUCAUUCAUUGGUUGUUUUAAAAAAAAAUUGUCCAAUUUGAAAUUUGGGUAUACAUUCUGUCUGUAGGAAUGACAGAAACGGAGUCGCGCACAGUUCAAAUUAUCACAGUUCUCAAAUAUUGGGCCACUGUGAUUGGUUGAUUGAAUCAAUAGGACGCCGUGCGCACGCGCAGUGCGAAGACAACGAUACACCACUAUAUCUCAUUACGUAAUUGUGACCUUGUACAAAUCGAGAGCCCAUUUCCUAUUUACGAGACAGUACAGUUUUAGUUGUACCUAUACGUGCUUAGUGUACUAAUAAACAAUUUUUUUGUGUUGUAUAAUUUUCUUUUAUAGUUACAUUUAAUAAUGUAUUAUGUUUCACUCUGUUAAGUUACUAAUUGUUAAUUUAGGUAAAUUAUUGAGGGCCGCGCGGCGAGCCACGAUCGGCGCUACCACGAUGCGCUUAGAAAAACAAAACUAUUUAUAUUAUAAGAUUAUAAUAUUUAUGCAAUGCCACCAGAUUCGAUUAAUAUAUUUACUCCCAUGAUUUCUGCAUUGUAAGAUUAGCUUGUCUUAAAACAAAUUGCCGAGUAGGGCACGACCGCGCGGCUCAUAGUGAUGUAGUAUUUAACUAUAUACUUUAUCUCGCGGUACUUGGCUAUAAGUCUAAUGCAAUAUAAAACAUACCCCGCAGUCAUAUCACACUGUUUAAUAGUCUUACAUGGAUUUAGAAAUAAUUGCUCUGUUUUGUAUGAUUAGUUUCCAAAGUUCAUUAGAUAUAUUGAUUAGUAUUUUCAUAUUAUUAGAUUUUAAAUAAUUAUUAUAUUCUAGUAACGCUUUUUACUAGCAUAUAACAGUUGAAUUUUAAAUAUAUUGCACUGCAACAGUAAUAAAAAUAAAAACUGAACGGUUUACUAUAUCUUUGAUGAUUUUAUUUUACACUACAUAUUACAGGCUGAAUAAGCAAAUCUACUUUUGUUUGGUGCUUUUAAUAAGUAACUCAUGAAUUGCCAUUAUUUCUAAAUCCAUUUUAUGCCCUAGGGUAAUGGAUUAAAUCAUUGUAAUGCACUUAUUCUCGUAGCGCCUUAUUACAAAACGUGAACCCAAAACGACUAUAUGAACGACUAAAAUAAUACUACAGUUCAAGACCGGUGUUCAUAGUGACCAAAGCGCUGUAACAGCAUUAAUAAGGACUACUUACGUUGUAAAUUUUAACGUUAUUUGGUUAAGAUAUAUUAAUAUUACCAGCAUAAUACAUACAUACAUAUAAUCACGUCUAUAUCCCUUGCGGGGUAGACAGAGCCAACAGUCUUGAAAAGACAGAUAGGCCACGUUCAGCUAUUUUGCUGUAAGAUAGAAUUGAGAUUCAAAUAGUGACAGGUUGCUAGCCCAUCGCCUAAAAGAAGAAUCCCAAGUAUAUAAGCCUAUCCCUUAGUCGCCUUUUACGACAUCCAUGGGAGAGAGAUGGAGUGGUCCUAUUCUUUUUUCUAUUUGUGCCGGAAACCACACAGCACACGGCACCAGCAUAAUAUUGUAAUUAAUAACAUUACAAUGGUCAGGUACUUAGUAUGUAAUAUUAAUUUCAAUAUUUUGCUAUUAUUAAAAAUAACAUUUUGGUAUCAUUAUUGUUGUAUUCAAUAAUUUUUCGAAUAAUUUUAGCCUUAACAUUCAUAUAGCAAUCGAUGGCGCGUUCUUUCGGGACUGAUGAAAUACACCAAAUGUUUAUAUGUAUCAGGUUCACAUUUUGUAAUACGGCGAUUUUUAAGUGGACAAAAGAAUUUGCUAAGCUUGGAAGACGGCUCACGUCUCAUCCAUUAUCAUAGCUAUUUGCUUUGUUAUUGUUAUUGAAGAUAAAAUGAAAAAUUAUUUAAUUUCUUAUCGUAAGUUUUUGAAGUAUUUUGUUUAAUACUUAUUGUUUCUUCCAUGUGAUUUAAGAAAGUGGCAAUACAAAUAAGCAUUAAGCGAG